AUAUAAAUAGUGAUGAUCCAAAUAAUCCUUGGAAAUUAGCUCCUAGUUAUAAUCAAAUAAUUGAUAAUGAUGGAAAUAUAAACUCCAAUCCAUCUAUGAUUCAAACACCUGAUAAAAAUACAAAUAUGUUUAUAGAUAUUAGAACUUCUCUUUUUGCUAUGUAUUUAUUUUUAGCAGGUGAUUCAAGUGCAUUAUCCAAUUGGGAAUAUACAGACAAUCCAUCAAUUGCAAUAUUGAUUAUUUUGUUUUCUCUCUUAGUUGUUAUAUAUCUUAUGAACUUAUUAAUUGGAUUACUCAAUAUGGAAAUUGGAGAAGAUAAUAAUAGAGUCUCAUAUUUGAUACAGAAGGCAGAAAUUUUGGCUGAGAUUGAGUUAUUUUACCUAUUACCACAUCAGAGACGUUGGCAAACAUGGUUUCCUGAAGUAAUACAUUAUUAUGCUGAUGUUGAUAAGACUCGAAUAGAAAUUGAAAGAUUGAUUAAAGAGGAUAAAUGGGAUACUAAGGAAUUGAAAUUAGAUAAGUUGGAAGAGAAAUUAGAUAAGUUAGAAAAAUUAGAUAAGAUUGAGAAAUUAUUGGAAGAAAUGCAUGCUAAAUAAUUUUUUAUAUUAUUUUCGUUAGUUUUAUAAUAUGAUCAC